AUGGACUAUUUUCUGAAGCAGCUAGAGUCCAUUGGGUUCGUUGGGGUCCAGAACUUUCCAACUGUCGGUCUAUUUGAUGGUAAUUUUAGACAAAAUCUUGAGGAGACCGGAAUGGGAUAUGGCCUGGAAGUUGAGAUGAUUGCAGAGGCGCAUAAGAUGGGGCUGUUGACAACUCCAUAUGCUUUCAACCCAAAAGAAGGAGAAGAAAUGGCGAAAGCAGGAGCUGAUAUAAUAGUAGCACACAUGGGUCUAACUACAUCUGGAAAUAUUGGGGCGAAGACUGCAGUAUCAAUGGAAGAAAGUGUAGUUCGUGUACAAGCUAUUGCAGAUGCUGCUCGUAGAUUCAACCCGGACAUCAUAGUGCUCUGCCACGGAGGUCCGAUAUCGGGACCAGAGGAGGCAGAGUAUGUGUUGAAGAGAACAAAAGGUUGUGUUCAUGGAUUCUAUGGAGCAUCAAGCAUGGAAAGGCUACCUGUAGAGCAGGCUAUAACAAGCACUGUUCAAAAGUACAAGUCCAUUGCGAUCAAGUGA